AUGUUAUAAAAACUUCUGAUCCGUAGAAGCGAAUCUCUUACCUCGGAAAAAGGAUUAUAUUCAGAAGUAUGGAGCGGAUCGUUCCGGGAUUCUUGUGUCUCUUCGCCGUCUCGGCUCUGCUCGGGGCGGUGAAGUCAGAAAUCGCAAAGAGAGAUGUUGAGAGUUUUUUCACCAGAGAAAAGUGCAUUGACGGCCUGGGAUGUUUCAGUGCCGCUGCACCGUUCUUCAACUUUUUGGAAAGACCUAUCAGCCUGCUGCCAGAUGACAGAGAGAGCAUCAACACUAGAUUUGCUCUCUACACCCGUGAUUUCUCCAGGGUUCCCAUGAACUUCAGUAAUCUCGACAACAGUCUGGACUACUUGGAUCGCAGUGGCUUCAAUCCUCAUAUCAGCACCAAAUUUAUAGUGCCAGGUUACAUGAGUAAAGUGGCCCCUCACUGGAAAAUGCCCUUGAAAGAUGCAUUGCUGUUCUAUGAACCCUGCAACGUGUUCUACGUAGACUGGUCGAGUGGAGAUGGAUCAUUGUACGAACAAGCCGUUGCCAAUACGAGGGUCGUGGGAGCAGAAAUCGCGGUUUUCGUUCAGGAACUACAGAAGAGAACAGGAAUUACGCCAGAAUCUGUUCACAUCAUUGGUCACAGCUUGGGCUCUCAUAUUGCAGGAUAUGCCGGGAAGCGACUCAGAUCCUUAGGACGCAUAACAGCAAUGGACCCCGCCGGUCCGUACUUCUCCAAUGUGGAACCUAUCGUACGUCUGGACAGGGGCGACGCUCUUUUCGUCGAUGCCAUUCACACAAAUGCAGCGCCGACUCGAUUCCAAGGUUUUGGUUUGGUCAACAGCAUAGCCCAUUAUGAUUUCUUCCCCAAUGGAGGCCACCUUCAGCCGGGCUGUCCAGACAUGGGUUCGGCAGUCUUAUCUUUCCUCUCACAUCCGACACUUGAUGCGGAUGGUUUGCACGAUUUGAUGUGUAAUCACGGCCGUGCAAUUGACCUUUUUAUAUCAAGCAUUAUGAAUCAUCACUGUGUACUUAAUGCUACCCAGUGCGAUAAUUGGGAAAAAUACAUGGAAGGUAAAUGUGGAGAUUGUGGCUCUAAUACUGGGAAACUUUGUGUUCCUCUGGGAAUUCAUUCCAUCCAAUAUGCUGAACACAUUCAUUUUGAUAGUUCACUCAACUUUUAUCUCAAUACAACUGACAGAGAACCUUAUUGUAAGUAACGAAAAUUGAUCUAUAGGAGAAGAUAUUUUAUUUGGAUGUUAACUGGAGAUAUAUUUAUUGUUUUAAACGCAUGAAAAUAAUCAAGGAUGAUGUAUAAAAGAUCAAAUUUAAAAAUUCAUGAUAAAAACAUAAUUUUGCUGCGUAAUUAACCUCAUAUAUAUUUGAGUAAUAAAGAUUUUUUUUAUUUUAC